AUGACUGUAUCCACAAUAGAGCUUGUAUACAGUGCCAAGCACGCAUGUGACGUCGGUAACGCAAUGACUGUAUCCACAAUAGGGCUUGUAUACAGUGCCAAGCACGCAUGUGACGUCGGUAACACAAUGACUGUAUCCACAAUAGAGCUUAUAUACAGUGCCAAGCACGCAUGUGACGUCGGUAACACAAUGACUUUAUCCACAAAAGAGCUUGUAUACAGUGCCAAGCACGCAUGUGACGUCGGUUACACAAUGACUGUAUCCACAAUAGAGCUUGUAUACAGUGCCAAGCACGCAUGUGACGUCGGUAACGCAAUGACUGUAUCCACAAUAGAUCUUGUAUACAGUGCCAAGCACGCAUGUGACGUCGGUAACGCAAUGACUGUAUCCACAAUAGAGCUUGUAUACAGUGCCAAGCACGCAUGUGACGUCGGUAACACAAUGACUGUAUCCACAAUAGAGCUUGUAUACAGUGCCGAGCACGCAUGUGACGUCGGUAACGCAAUGACUGUAUCCACAAUAGAGCUUGUAUACAGUGCCGAGCGCGCAUGUGACGUCGGUAACGCAAUGACUGUAUCCACAAUAGAGCUUGUAUACAGUGCCGAGCACGCAUGUGACGUCGGUAACGCAAUGACUGUAUCCACUAUAGAGCUUGUAUACAGUGCCAAGCACGCAUGUGACGUCGGUAACGCAAUGACUGUAUCCACUAUAGAGCUUGUAUCCAGCGCCAAGCACGCCUGUAACGUCGGUCACACAAUGACGGGAACGUUUUUAUUAAUGUAUCAUUCCUAA